GUGAAUGUAAAGCAUUAAUUUUAACUUCAAGUAAAAAUAUAGAAUCUAAUUGUGUCUGAAAUGAACAAGUUUUUGUUAGGGGUUUUUUAAAUGCCGACAUAAAGCCUUUUGUCAUGUUACGAUGACGUAACAAACGUCUACUUGUUAAAACGAUUUUAAAACAAAAUCACACUGAUAGCUGCCAGCUUAGCUUGUUUACAGUAGGAAUUCACUUUUACCAGCAACGACAAUGACCGCUGUUCAUGUGCCGUAUCCUGGGGAAAGCUGUUGCCAGGGUUUAUGUGGACAAAAAUUUUAUGACCCAUCUUUACCAUUUAGACAUCGCUUGGGUUGUCUAUAUCCGGGAAAGAUGAUCUUCAUUAGUGGAAUCCCAUCUCCGAGUAGUUCAAGAUUUUCGAUCAAUCUGAAGAGCGUCGGUGGCCAGAGUAAAUCAAAUGCCUUCCAUUUUGACGUUCGUUUUGAUUAUGGUAACUGCCACAACGAAAUCGUCAGGAAUGCAAAUAUCAAUGGAUCAUGGGGUCAAGAAGAAAAGUCGCUGAGUUGUCCAUUUCCUUUCCGACAAAACGCAUUCUUUGAGAUGAUUAUUCUGGUGGAUAAGUCAUCCUUUAAG